AUGCGACUUUCGCUGCAGCUCCUCUCCGGCGUUUGCCAGGUCGGCACCGCCGCUGCCGCUUUUUACGCCACCGCGCCCACCUUCCUUCAGGCCUUGAGCGUCAACCAGGACGAGACACCGCCCGACGUGCGCCCUGCCAUCAAGGCCUACAAUUUUUCCGUCCCCGUCGACCACUUCCACAACGAGACCAAGUACGCGCCGCACUCGGACGCCGCCUACCCGCUGCGCUACUGGCUCGACGACUCGCACUACCGCCCCGGCGGGCCCGUCAUCGUCCUGCACUCGGGCGAGUUUGACAGCGCCGGCCGCCUCGCAUACCUCGACCAUGGCAUCGUCCCCAUCCUGGCCAAGGCGACGGGAGGCCUCGGCCUCAUCCUCGAGCAUAGGUACUAUGGCACCAGCUGGCCCGUCCCCGACGCGACCACCGCCAACAUGCGCUUCCUCACCACGGACCAGGCCCUCGCCGACACGGCCUACUUUGCCCAGCACGUUACCUUUCCCGGGCUCGAGCACGCGCAACUAAACGCAUCUCACACGCCUUGGAUCAUCUACGGCGGGUCGUACGCCGGCGGCUUCGCGGCCAUGGCGCGCAAGCUAUACCCAGACGUCUUUUGGGGCGCCAUAUCCUCCUCGGGCGUCACGGCCGCCGUCGACAAGUUUUGGGAGUACCACGAGGCCUUUCGCAACUUUGCGCCCGCUGGCUGCUCAGAUGCCCAGCAGGCCCUCACCGGUAUUGUCGACGCCGUCUUAUUCGGCGGCAAGCAGUACGAGGUUGACGAUCUGAAGAAGAUGUUUCACCUCGACGGCCUGCAAGACGACGAGUUUGCGCACCUCAUCACCGGACCCAUCAGCGGCCUGCAGUCGACCAACUGGGCGACCGAGGACGACGCCGACGAGCUGAGCUUCUACUGCGCCGCCAUUACGUCGGCCGCGCGCCUCUUUGCGAGCACCGCGCACCUUGAGCACAAGGCGAGGCACUUUACAAAGCUGGGCGGCCACGGUCACGACCUCGAGCUGCGGUCCGCGCAGCUACUCAACUGGGCCGGCUACAUUCGCAACAUGGUCAAAAAGGCCAAAAGGUCUUCCUGCAAGGGCCUCUCGACCGCAGAAUGCUACUCAAAUCGCCACGCGCCCGACGAGACAGCCAUCUCCAACAACAUGUACCGUCCUUGGUUGUGGCAGACGUGUACCGAAUGGGGCUACUUUGUCAAUGGCGAGCACACUCCCAAGGACCGUCGGCCCAUCCUCUCGCGCGCCGCCACCGUCGACUAUGCCACCGUCAACUGCCGCCGCUUCUUCAACAUCACCACGCCCCCAGACGUGGACAUCAUCAACAAGCACGGCAGCUUCAACUUUAGCUACCCCCGGCUUGCCAUUAUUGACGGCAAGCAGGACCCCUGGCGCGCCGCGACGCCGCACGCCGACGGCCUGCCGGAGCGCGCGUCCACAGUUUCGGAGCCGUACCUGCUGAUUGACUGGGGCGUGCACCACUGGGACGAGUUUGGCCCGCGGCCGGGUCUGGAUGAGGAGGGCUUGCCGCCAAAGCAAGUCGUUGACAAUCAGCAGCAGCAGGUGGAGUUUGUCAAGGCGUGGCUGAAGGAGUGGAACGUGACGAAAGAGCAGGAGGGUUCUGGUUCUGUGGAACUAUGA